AUGUGCGAUAAACGGGGACUAGAAGUGGUGUGUCUGGCUGUUAAAGUGUGUGCUGGGGAGAGCGGAGAGUCUAUGACUUUUGGAAGGCUCCCAGUUGAGGUUUCUGGAACUUUUCUGGGUGAGAGGCUGAGGAGAGGAAGUCAGCGCGCAGGCGCGACCUCGGACCCCUACCUUGGCAACUUUUUGCUCCCAACUCCUGGCAGCGGGAAGACCCGGGCAUCCAAAGAGGAAGUCUCCCCACCAGAGGGCUCCCCCUCCCGGAAGGACCACAGUCUGGCCCAAGCAGAGACUCCAGAGCCAGAGGGAAUGUCCCCCAAGACACCGAGGGCACCAUCCCAGGGGCCAAUAACAUUCAAAGAUGUGGCUGUAUACUUCACCCAGGAAGAGUGGUGCCUAUUGGACCAUUCCCAGAAGGAGCUGUACCUGCAGGUCAUGAUGGAGAAUGUGCAGAAUUUUCUCUCUGUGGGAGCAGAGACUAAUUUUGAAGUGAAGGAGAUGUCUACAAAGCUGAGGCUUUUUCUCGAAGGAUCUUGCCUCCAAGGGUUCAUGAAUGAUGAUCCCCAUGGCUUCAUUUUGAGAGAAAUCUCUGACUCUAAUAUCAAGGUAAAUAAAAGUCCAAAGAGUGACUAUGAAUUUGACGAAACUACAGAGAAAUUCAGCCAAUAUUCAGUCCUAAACCACUGUAUGAAGUUGACAUCUGGAAAUGACUGUCAGGAUAGUGAAUACAGCAAAUGCUUUCCUAAAGAUGUAGGAUUUCUUCACUCCCCUGAUAAAACACCCGAAAUGCCCAUGUAUCAAGGUAAUGUAGGAGAAAUGGUCUUUGACUGGAGCUCAGACCCCAUUAGAUAUCCAAAAAGUAAACAUGUCAAGAUUGUUUCUUGGUCAAUAACAUUCAAAGAUGUGGCUGUGGACUUCACCCAGGAAGAGUGGUGUCUAUUGGACCAUUCCCAGAAGGAGCUGUACCUGGAGGUCAUGAUGGAGAAUGUGCAGAAUUUACUCUCUGUGGAGACUAAUUUUGAAGUGAAGGAGAUGUCUACAAAGCUGAGGCUUUUUCUUGAAGGAUCUUGCCUCCAAGGACUCAUGAAUGAUGAUCCCUAUGGCUUCAUUUUAAGAGAAACCUGUGACUCUAAUAUCAAGGUGAAUAAAAGUCCAAAGAGUGACUAUGAAUUUGAUGAAACUGCAGUGAAAUUCAGCCAAUAUUCAGUCCUAAAGCAGUGUAUGAAAUUGACCUCUGAAAAUGACUGUUUUCAGGAUAGUGAAUAUAGCAAAUACUUUCCUGAAAAUGUAGGAAUUCUUCAGUCUCCUGAGAAAUAUUCUGAAAUGCCUGUGUAUAAAAGUAAUGUAGGAGGAAUGGUUUUUGGCUGGAGUUCAGACUUCAUUAGACAUCCAAAAAGUAAAUAUGCCAAUAUUUCUGUGAAUGAAGAAUAUGGAUUGCAACUUUUAAAGCAGAACUCUGAGCUUGCUGCACAUCAGAGGAUCCAUGAUGGAGAGAAACUUUAUGAAUGUAUACAAUGUGGAAAGACUUUCAAACAGAGGGGCCAUCUUACUGCACAUCAGAGAAUUCACAGUGGAGAGAAACCUUUUGAAUGUAAACAUUGUGGAAAUACUUUCACAUGGAGGGAAUCUCUUGCAGCACAUCAGAGAAUCCACACUGGAGAGAAACCUUAUGAAUGUAAACACUGUGGAAAGGCUUUCACAAGAAAGUUUUCUCUUGCAGCACAUCAGAGAAUUCACACUGGAGAGAAACCUUAUGAAUGUAAACAGUGUGGAAAGGGUUUUAAAGACAAGAGAUCUCUUGUAGCACAUCAGAGCAUCCAUACUGGACAAAAACCUUAUGAAUGUAAACACUGCGGAAAGGCUUUCACAUGGAAGUUCUCUCUUGCAGGACAUCAGAGAAUUCACACUGGAGAGAAACCUUAUGAAUGUAAACAGUGUGGAAAGGCUUUUACAGACAAGAGAUCUGUUGCAGCACAUCAGAGCAUCCAUACUGGAGAGAAACCUCAUGAAUGUAAACACUGUGGAAAGGCUUUCACAUGGAAGUUAUCUCUUACAGUACAUCAGAGAAUUCACACUGGAGAGAAACCUUAUGAAUGUAAACAGUGUGGAAAGGCUUUUACAGAUAAGAGUUCUCUUGCAGCACAUCAGAGAAUCCACACUGGAGAGAAACCUUAUGAAUGUAAACACUGUGGAAAGACCUUCAGACAGAGCAACCAUCUUGCAGCACAUCAAAGAAUCCAUAAUGGAGAGAAACCUUAUGAAUGUAAACACUGUGGGAAGACUUUUACAGACAAGAGAUCUCUUGCUACACAUCAGAGAAUCAAUACUGGACAAAAACCUUGUGAAUGUAAACAGUGUGGAAAGGCUUUCACACGCAGGGGCUCUCUUGUAGAACAUCAGAGAAUCCACACUGGAGAGAAACCUUAUGAAUGUAAACACUGUGGAAAGACCUUCAGACAGAGGAACCAUCUUGCAGCACAUCAAAGUAUCCAUAAUGGAGAGAAACCUUAUGAAUGUAAACACUGUGGAAAAGCUUUCACAAUGAGGCACUCUCUUGCUAGGCAUCAGAGCAUCCACAUUGGUGAGAAACUUUAUGAAUGCCAUCAACUUGCAUAG